CAGGAUGCUAGUGGAAGCCGAGGGGGCCGGCCGGGUGCCUCCGCAGCUCGGCUGGCAGAGCCCAGCGCGGUGUGUGCGGCUACUGGUGCGAGCACCCCCGCCCCACCCUUCCCCAUGCAGCCCUGGCAGUGCCUCCGGCGCUUUGCCCUGGCCUGGUGGGAGAGGACAGCUGAGGGCAGCUCCCGAUCUCCCAGGGAGGAGGCCGGACCAAAGGACCCUGGGGGCCGAAGGGAGCCAGGGCUCCAGCGUGCAGCGGGAGGGAAGCCUCCAGGACUCUGUUCCCUCUGUUUAAAGUCUCCAGAUCCGGAGCGGAGCAGCCCCCCCAUGCUGUCUGCAGACGAUGCGGAGUACCCGCGAGAGUACCGGACCCUGGGGGGGGGGCGGGGGGGCGGCGGGGGCGGCGGGGGCCGGCGCUUCUCUAACGUGGGGCUGGUGCACACGUCGGAGCGCCGGCACACGGUGAUCGCGGCCCAGAGCCUGGAGGCGCUCAGCGGGCUCCAGAAGGCGGACGCCGACCGCAAGCGCGAUGCCUUCAUGGACCACCUGAAGAGCAAGUACCCGCAGCACGCCCUGGCCCUUCGCGGUCAGCAGGACAGGAUGCGGGAGCAGCCAAACUACUGGAGUUUCAAGACCCGCAGCUCGCGCCACACUCAGGGAACCCAGCCCGGGCUGGCAGACCAGGCGGCCAAGCUGUCCUACGCCUCAGCUGAGUCGCUGGAGACCAUGUCGGAGGCCGAGCUGCCUCUGGGCUUCAGCAGGAUGAACCGCUUCCGACAGAGCCUACCCCUCUCCCGCUCAGCCAGCCAGACCAAGCUGCGCUCCCCAGGGGUGCUGUUCCUGCAGUUCGGGGAGGAGACUCGGCGGGUGCACAUCACGCACGAGGUCAGCAGCCUGGACACGCUGCACGCCCUCAUCGCGCACAUGUUCCCGCAGAAGCUCACCAUGGGCAUGCUGAAGUCGCCGAACACCGCCAUCCUCAUCAAAGACGAGGCUCGCAACGUCUUCUACGAGCUGGAGGACGUCCGGGACAUCCAGGACCGCAGCAUUAUCAAGAUCUAUAGGAAGGAGCCGCUUUACGCUGCUUUCCCUGGCUCGCACCUCACCAACGGGGACCUCCGGAGAGAGAUGGUGUACGCGUCCAGGGAGUCGUCGCCCACCCGGCGCCUCAACAACCUGUCGCCCGCACCGCACCUGGCGUCCAGCUCGCCGCCGCCGGGGCUGCCGUCCGGGCUGCCGUCCGGGCUGCCGUCGGGGCUGCCGUCAGGCUCCCCGUCGCGCUCGCGCCUCUCCUACGCCGGGGGGCGCCCGCCCUCCUACGCCGGCAGCCCGGUGCACCACGCGGCCGAGCGGCUGGGAGGCGCCCCCGCCGCGCAGGGCGUCAGCCCCAGCCCCAGCGCCAUCCUGGAGCGGCGCGACGUGAAGCCGGACGAGGACCUGGCGAACAAGGCGGGCGGCAUGGUGCUGGUGAAGGGCGAGGGCCUCUACGCCGACCCCUACGGGCUGCUCCACGAGGGCCGCCUGAGCCUGGCCGCGGCCGCCGGCGACCCGUUCGCCUACCCGGGUGCCGGCGGCCUCUACAAGCGCGGCUCGGUGCGCUCGCUCAGCACCUACUCGGCCGCCGCGCUGCAGUCCGACCUGGAGGACUCCCUGUACAAGGCGGCGGGCGGCGGCCCUCUCUACGGGGACGGCUAUGGCUUCCGCCUGCCGCCUUCCUCGCCGCAGAAGCUGGCCGACGUGGCAGCGCCACCCGGAGGCCCCCCGCCGCCUCACAGUCCCUACUCCGGGCCGCCCAGCCGCGGCUCACCGGUGCGCCAAUCCUUCCGAAAGGACUCGGGCUCCUCCGUCUUCGCAGAGAGCCCCGGAGGCAAAACCCGCAGUACCGGGGGCUCCUCCACGGCCGGAGUCCCCCCUUCUGAGCUCUUCCCCGGGCCUGGGGAGCGUCCGCUCGUUGGGUUCGGGCCGCCUGUGCCAGCGAAGGACACAGAGACCAGGGAGCGCAUGGAGGCCAUGGAGAAGCAGAUUGCCAGCCUCACAGGCCUGGUGCAGAGUGCCCUGCUACGAGGUUCGGAGCCCGAGACCCCCAGCGAGAAGAUCGAAGGCUCCAACGGAGCAGCCACGCCCUCUGCACCCUGCGGGUCAGGUGGCCGGAGCAGCGGGGCCACCCCAGUGUCCGGCCCUCCCCCACCCUCAGCCAGCAGCACCCCUGCGGGACAGCCCAGUGCCAUCAGCCGUCUGCAGAUGCAGCUGCACUUGCGUGGCCUCCAGAACAGCACCAGUGACCUGCGCGGCCAGCUUCAGCAAUUGCGGAAGCUCCAGCUACAAAACCUGGAGUCGCUGCGCGCGCUCCUGAAGGGCACGGAGGCGGAGCUGAGCAUGCGCGUGUCAGAGGCAGCACGGCGGCACGAGGACCCGCUGCAGCGACAGCGCACCCUGGUGGAGGAGGAGCGGCUGCGCUACCUCAACGACGAGGAGCUCAUUACCCAGCAGCUCAAUGACCUGGAGAAGUCGGUGGAGAAGAUCCAGAGGGAUGUCUCCCACAACCACCGGCUGGUGCCUGGGCCCGAGCUGGAGGAGAAGGCACUGGUGCUGAAACAGCUCGGGGAGACGCUGACGGAGCUCAAGGCUCACUUCCCAGGCCUGCAGAGCAAGAUGCGGGUGGUGCUGCGCGUGGAGGUGGAGGCUGUGAAGUUCCUGAAGGAGGAGCCGCAGCGCCUGGACGGGCUGCUCAAGCGCUGUCGUGGGGUCACGGACAUGCUGGCCCAGAUCCGAAGGCAAGUGGACGAGGGGGUGUGGCCACCCCCCAACAACCUCCUGAAUCAGUCCCCCAAGAAGGUGACAGCCGAGACCGACUUCAACAAAAGCUUGGACUUUGAACUGCCGCCCCCCAGCCCUCCGCUAAACCUCCAUGAGCUGAGCGGGCCGCCCGAGGGAGCCCCUUCCACCCCCAAGGGGGGCAACCCCACCAAAGGCCUGGACGCGCCGGGCAAGAGAAGCGUAGAUAAAGCUGUGUGUGUUGAGGCUGCCGAGAGGGACUGGGAGGAGAAGCGGGCAGCGCUGACCCAGUAUAGCGCGAAGGACAUCAAUCGGCUACUGGAGGAGACACAGGCGGAGCUGCUGAAGGCCAUCCCGGACCUGGACUGUGCGAGCAAGGCCCACCCAGGCCUGGCCCCCACCCCUGACCACAAGCCCCCGAAAGUCCCCCACGGCCAGAAGGCAGCCCCCCGAGCGGAGCCCAGUGGAAGGAGGGGCUCAGAUGAGCUGACGGUGCCCCGAUACCGCACGGAGAAGCCCUCUAAGUCGCCCCCACCACCCCCUCCCCGCCGGAGCUUCCCCUCUUCCCACGGCCUGACCACCACCCGCACUGGAGAGGUUGUGGUCACCAGCAAGAAGGACUCGGCUUUCAUCAAGAAGGCCGAGUCUGAGGAGCUGGAGGUGCAGAAACCCCAAGUGAAGCUGCGCCGGACGGUGUCCGAGGUGGCCCGCCCGGCCUCCACACCACCCAUCAUGGCCUCUGCCAUCAAGGACGAGGACGAUGAGGACCGCAUCAUCGCAGAGCUGGAGAGUGGCGGCGGCAGUGUGCCACCCAUGAAGGUGGUGACUCCGGGGGCCUCUCGGCUGAAGGCGGCCCCGGGCCAGCCAGGCAGCCCUGACAAAGGCAAGCACGGCAAGCAGAGGGCCGAGUACAUGAGGAUCCAGGCCCAGCAGCAGGCCACUAAACCGUCUAGGGAGACGAGCGGGUCGAGCGAGACCUCAAGCCCAGUCUCAGAAAAGCCCUCGGCCUCCAGAACCUCUAUCCCUGUAUUGACUUCGUUUGGGGCGAGGAAUUCUUCCAUCUCCUUCUAGAAGCCCCCUCACACCUCCACCCAGCCUGACCCCUCCCCGACCCCUGCCAUUGAUCUCCCUACGCUUCCCUCCAC